AUGGAAUUCCCAAAUGAAAGGCACCACCACCACCGUCAUCAUCAGAGGGAUGAUGAUGAAGAAAGACAGAAUUACCCACCACCAGGAACUGGCUUUGAUCAACCUCCACCUCCACCUUCAUACUACAGAGAUGAUCAACCUCCACCUUCAUACUAUAGAGAAGAUCAACCUCCACCUUCCUAUUAUGGAGCAGAUCAACCUCCACCUCCACCUUUAUACUAUGGAGAAGAUCAACCACCCCCAAAUUCAUACUAUGGAGAAGCAGAUAGACCUCCACCUACCCAAGUGAGCCACGUGUCCCACUCUUCCUUCCAUGGUCAUCCGCCUCCACCCUCCCAAGGCUUUCUUCACCAACCACCACCCCCAGUUCACUCUUUCAACUAUCAAUCUGAAGAACCUACUCCACCUGUUACUGUGCAUCAUGUUGCUCAUCAAGUUCACCAUGACCAACAGUCCCCUGCUCAAUUUGAAAGCCAUCACACUUCUCACACUUCUCAUUUGCCCUCCUUCCAUCCCCAUGCCUCCUCCUCUUACUUCUCAAACAAACCCACUUUCAGAGUCUUCACAAAGGCUGACCCCAAUUUCUCUCUCGCCAUCACAGAGGGAAAGGUCAUUCUUGCCCGCUCCCAUGAAACCGAUGACUUCCAGCACUGGUACAAAGAUGAGAAGUACAGCACAAGUGUGAAGGAUGAAGAGCGCUUCCCGUCCUUUGCUCUGGUUAACAAAGCCACCGGGCAGGCUCUCAAGCAUUCCAUUGGAGCCACUCAUCCUGUGCAGCUGAUACCUUAUAAUCCAGAUAUUCUUGAUGAAUCUAUACUAUGGACUGAGAGUGCGGACCUAGGUGAUGGUUUCAGAACUUUUAGGAUGGUUAAUAACAUUCGCCUUAAUCUGGAUGCUUUUCAUGGUGAUAAGAAAUCUGGAGGUGUUCAUGAUGGCACCAUCAUAGUUCUGUGGAAUAAAAACAAAGGAGAUAACCAGCGAUGGAAGAUUGUACCUUAUUCCUCAAGUGUCUCAACGGCUGCUAAUUUGUGUUUUGAUACUUUGGCAGCAGUUGUGCCAUGCAUUAUCGUGAUACUGUCUACUUAA